AUGAAAGUCCAUUAUAUUAAUAUAUUAUUGUUUUCUCUUCCAUUAAAUAUACUGGAACAUAAUCCAUGGAACCAUUACAUGAAACCACAUACGUACACCAAUAGAUCAUUAUGCGAAUGCGAAUUAUAUGAACUUGCCAACUAUGAUAAUGACCCACAAAUGAAAGAAGUCAUGGAAAAUUUCAUUAAACAGACACAGCAAAGAUUUCAUGAAUAUGACGAAAGGUUGCAAAGUAAACGAAAGCAAUAUAAAGAUAAAUGCGAUAAAGAAAUUCAAAAAAUUAUUUUAAAAGAUAAAUUAGAAAAACAAAUGGCACAACAGUUAACCACAUUAGACCCGAAUAUAACCACUGAAGAUAUUCCCACAUGUGUUUGCGAAAAAUCUUUAGCAGAUAAAACAGAAAAGUUUUGUCUUAAUUGUGGAAAAACUAUGGGAGGGGUUGCCCCCGGUUGGGGUCUGGUCAGCGGUUUAGGGUACGCGGGAUGGUCACAUUAUGCUGCCACUACUCUUGUUAAAAUUGCUACAGAUGCGGGUAUUGCUGAAGGUUUAAAAGUUGGUUUAACUAAAGUCACCGAAAUAGUAACACAAUUAUCAAGCAGUACAGAAGUUGCCAUACCUACAAUUGAUGUACUAACAAAUUUGACUACAGGUAUUUCUGCUGAUAACGUAACACUUUUGGGUAUAUUUAAAACCAUAAAUAUUGGUAUGAAAGGGGAAUUUGAUACCGACACGUAUGCUCUAUUUUCUACGUGGGUACAAAAUAUAGCUACUACUCCUAAAUCAUAUAUGGGAAGGUAUCUAACAGAAGCGGAAGAGGUCACGAAAGCGUUUGCUGAUGCUCAAACACGUGUAUUGACACAAGCAGGCAAUGUAACUAGUAAUUUAACUACUGGAAUAACUGUUUCAAUUAUUGCAAUUGUAGUAAUAGUUUUGGUUAUGCUAAUUAUUUAUUUAAUUUUACGUUAUCGACGAAAGAAAAAAAUGAAGAAAAAACUCCAAUAUAUAAAAUUAUUAAAGGAAUAA